AUGGAGCUUUUGCUCCUUCAAUACCCAUUUACUUUUCUGUUCAUCGUGUUUUUAGUCCUUUACCAGGUGAAUCCUGCAUUCAGAUACUUUUGCAAGAUGACCUUCUAUAAGUUGUGGUUCUCUACCAUAAGUAUUCUGGUUAUUAUAAUAAGUAUUCCUCGUGGACGUAGUGUGGAAAACAUCAAGUUUUUGCGCAUGUUAUUACUGCCACUCAAAUACAUCUUUGGGGUCAAGAUAGUGGUGAAGGGCAAGGAGAACCUCAGGACUAAGAGACCUUUCGUCCUCGUGUUGAAUCACCAGACCUCCCUUGACAUUAUGGUGAUGAUGGAGAUAUUACCAAGUCGCUGUGUGCCCAUUGCAAAGAAGGAAAUCCUAUACAUGGGCACUUUUGGCAUAGCAUGCUGGCUUUCAGGACUCAUUUUCAUUGACCGCAAGAAGAAGCAAGAGUCUAUCACUGUCUUGACAGAGGUGGCACAGUCCCUGCACAAAGAAAAUCUCUGUGUCUUGAUCUUCCCUGAAGGAACUCGCAGUCGUAGUGGCUCCCUGUUGCCCUUCAAACGUGGGGCUUUCCAGCUGGCUGUGAGAGCCCAGGUGCCUGUUAUUCCUGUAGUGAUCUCUUCCUACCGUGACUUCUACAACGCCAAGGAGAAGAGAUUUACACCAGGGAAAAGCAUUAUCCAGAUCCUGCCAGAAGUGGAGACCCUCGGCCUGGGCCCAGACGAUGUUCCCAGGCUCACCGAGCAGGUCCGUGACUCCAUGCUCACCACCUAUCAGGAGAUAUCAGGAAUGACAAACGGGGCUCCCCAUUAG